CAGUAUCGUAUCCGACACAGAGUUGUUUGGUGGUGCGCUGUUCCUCCGGGUUAGCACCAGAGUAGCACGUCGCUCGACACAUCCGCCGCCGCCACCGCAGCGCUCGACGUCGCCGUCAUCAUUCUUAGUACACACACACGCGCUCCACGCGACACUCAUCGGAACAUUGGGCUCGACCACACGCUCGAGCACAAGGCUCUUCAGUCGUUGGACCACGCGCUGCUCUUCCGGGUGUCCAGUGAAUCGGUUACCUCUACCCGAGUCGCUGACAAAUAUCGUCGAAGUGUUUUAUAAAAACUUAUUUGUGAAUUUUAUUUCAUUUGUUUCGCGUGUUCGGACAUUUAUUGAACGUGAUAAGUUAUUUUUUUUUCAAACAGUGUUUAUUUUUUAAAAAAAUAUAUUUUUUUAAAUUGGCAAGAAAAAAAAAAAAUUAUGGCGAUACCAUUUAAUUUGCCGACCGAACGCGAUGCAGAAGAUCAUCAUUAUUUGAGAAUUGAGAAUUUGCUCAAAGAAUUGCUUACACUGCUCAGAUGGACUCCUUGGACUUCUUUAACUGGUGUAACAGUUGAAUCGCUGACCAACACCACCACUCAAUCCAGUGCCACGAACACCGCUACCGCAACGGCCACCACGACACAACGCCGCAGGCAGACAGUCCGCGGGCCAGACCAUCACAGGCGAUCCGCCUCGGCCCAGCAGCAACAAAUGCCGGACUUGGUCACAUCGUGUUCUCCUGCCAAAGGCGAAAAGAAACCCUCGAGAACCGUAUUCCUGCAAGUCGAACUGUGCCCCAAGUGCUAUUACAACGGGCAGAAAUUAAAAGUGGUUGGAGUGACAAAGUUGGAAAAAACAUUACCUUCGGCGGAAGACCAACAAAAUUUACUGACCAGAAUCUCCGCCGAACCUAUCACAGACGCGGAACAAUUAACGAAAAAAGACAGUUCAAAAGUAAAAAGACGACUCAUGUCUUUGUUACAACCUUCAAAAAUAGACUCGUCAAUACUCACAGCCGUAUUUGUAAUAAUCGGCUGGAAGAUGUUCAUCAAACAAUAAUAAUUUCAAAAACGUCUCACGUGCCAGUGGGAAAAAAUCGAGAGAGAAAAACCCAAUUUAACUAUCAAAAGACUCUAGAGUUCCAGUCAUGGUUUUAGUGACUAAAAACAAUUAAUAUUAUGCUAAUCAAAUCGACCGUUGAUCUCAUUGCUUUACUGAAUUGUGAGAUGAUCUGCAACCGUAGCCAAACAAUUUUUGUAUUAAGGUUUAAGUUUAGUCUUAUUAUUAUUUCUCAGAACACAUUUUAAAUGUUCAUUUUAACUUUGUAUAUUUUUUUUUUUAACUUAAGUGUAUAAUUUUAUAAUUUUUUUUUUUUGUAAUUAAUCUCUCUAUCUAUGCUUUUUCUGUUGUAUUUUAAUAUCGUUUCACAUGGAAAUUCUGCGGUUUCAGUCCCAGAUCUGUUCACAUUUUGAUCUCGUUUUUUAAAGCUAUGGCUUUCUGAACGGCAUAGUCCCGGCGACUUAUGUUUUCGGGCCUAUGAAUUAGUACGAAACGCUGUAAUAAUUUUUUUAUGAUCACUGUAUAUAAUAUAUGCGUUUUAUUUUUUUAUAACACGUACUUUUCAUUAUUUUCCAUUUCAUUUAUUUUACCGUAAAAAAAAAAAAAAAAAUUUUCAAAUAAACAAUCAUCCGUAUAACAUUCUGUGGACGUUUUUCUCUUGUUUCUCUUGGUUCUGAGUGAUGGGGUUAUAUGAACUCAAGUUCAUACGAAGAUGUAGGAAAAUCGUGUUGGUACAUUAGCCAAUAUCGAUAAUUGCGUAGUGUAAAUAUAAUGAAUUAACGCUUGUUGGAUUUUAUCAUAACAAUACGUGCAUGUGUAUUUUUUUCUAAUAAUUUUUUUUUUUAUUGUAUUUUUUAAUUUUUUUUUUUUUUUUAUGAAAAGCAUUUCUGUGGUGAUUAAAAAACAUACGAACGUCCCGGGUCGUUGAUAAUAAUAGUACGUAUCGAGCUUAAACUACACUCCAAGCGAAUUUGUUCUUCUUGGGCGUUCCUAAUGUUUCGCCCAUCAAAGCGUUUCUGUGAUCAUGCCAUUUUUUUUUAUGAAUGAUAUGAAUUAUAUAUUUAUCGAACGAAUCAAUGGCAUUGAACGUGUUUUAAUAAAUCAUAUACAUUUUGUACAUUAAGUUAAAAAGAAAAUGAUAUUUAUAAAUAACUAUUAACGAUUUUUUGAUCUCUUUUCGUAGCUAUUAAGUAGUGUUUCUAGAUAUUAGUAUUAUUCAUUAAGUACUCGUAUUGAUUAAGUUGAACAUGUUGAUGUUAAAUAUUGUUAAUUGAAAAUGAUCAUCUCUCGUUUCGGUUUACAUUAUGUAAGGCAUUAUGAACCAUAAUGACACAAUACUUGGUCGCGUUAAAAUUUUUAUAAAAAUAAACAAAAUAAAUUAUUGUCAAAAGACUUGAUAUAAGCGUUUUGUGAUUCGAAAUUUUAUUAUUAUAGAAAUAGAUUUUUUAAAUAUUUAUUUUAAUAUGUACAUACACAAUAACAUUUUGCAUACACGUGAAGAUAUUUAUUUUAAAUUUUAUAAUGUAUAAAAAAUCAAACUGUUAAACGUUGUAAAAUAUUGAUGUCAAUUAGUAUUUUUUCGGUCUCGUGCAGGAUAAUUGUAUCAUCUAACGUGUUAGACAUAACCACCCCAAGUACUCCUAACAAACCGCUGUCAUUAAACUCUAAUUGUAUUCAUACCCCGUCUUUAGCAUAGUAACGUUUAAGUCCAAUAGUUGUACUACUGUAUAGCUAUUUUUUUUUACAUGUAUUCAGCGUGGCACACCUUUGAGGCGUCUGCUGCAUCUUGCUACCAUUGUCUUUCUUUGUAUAAUAUAUUGUUUUUAAACCGAAAUGAAUUAUUAUAUCUUAUUGUCCGAGUGGAUCAUAUUAUUAUUGACGAAAAACAAAAAUAAAAAAUUUAUUAUUAUAAAUAGAAA